AGCCGUCCAACAGGAGACAAAAAAGACACGUUAAAAAAGCGAGUUGGCAAAAAGGAAUACCUGCACCACGCCCGCCAUGUGCUUGAGAAGACACAGACUGAGGCAUAUUUAGAAUUUUGCAACUUGCAUCCAGAGAUAAAAAUCAAACAGAGAAAGUUUGAAAAUCUCAAGCCCUUUUAUGUGAAGCCGGCCAGAGAGCGAGGUCGGAGGUCAUGCUUGUGUCGUAAGCACGUGGAAACAAAAAUUGUUUUCACGGACUGCACGAAGUUUAGGAAGUUUUUGGUAGCAGAUGACAACCAGUCGCCACCAAUACCCAAAACACUGAACGAGGCAGUUGAGAUGACUCUAUGUGCAAAAGAAGAAGGAAGAGACUACCACAAUCUGAAAUGUAUUGAAAGAAUGUGUGAAGAUUGUGGUGUUGACAAAUUUCCUCUUUUACCUGAGGAGUCAAGUGAUAAUGGCCUAGUUAAGUGGUCAUGCUACGAGUAUGUACCUACGGGGAAAUAUCUACCAGACGGCACAGAGAAGAAGAAGAUAACACUUGUGCAGAAGGAGACACCACCAUCGCAGCUGUUCAAGUAUUUUACUGAUCUUCUUGCUGGAUAUCCAAGUCAUAUCUUCAUGGCAAGGUGGCAAAGGGAUCAGCUAGAUAGUCUGGUAAAUAAUUUGCCGCAGGGACACGUGGUAUGCAUCCAUGAUUACUCUGAGGGUUACACCUGCAGAAAGCAAGAGGAGACACAGAGUGAGUACUUUGACAUCAACAAAGUCUCUCUUCAUGUUUCUAUCUUGUACCGCCAUGCUGUAGAGGCAGUGGAUGGUGUCAGCAGCAGUGAGGAGGAGCCCAAUACAAUCAAGGAACACAUAUUUGUCAUCUCAGAUGAUCCAAUACAAGACCACGACAGUGUUCACAAAGUGCAGGAGCUGAUUCAUGGCUAUUUUCAGAAUGAUCUAGGCUAUCAGGUGGAGAAGCUUCAUGAGUUCACUGAUGGCUGUGCUGCACAGUACAAGUCAAGACACUGUGUAGGCGACCUAUCAUGUUCUCUUAUGGAUUUUGGCUACCACACACAGCGUUCCUACUUUGAAACCUCGCAUGCCAAGGGAGAGCAAGACGCAGCUGGGUCUCACAUGAAGCAGAGGGUGAGCCAGGCUGUUUUACAACGAAAGGCCAGAAUCACACAUGCAGAGAGUAUGUACAAGUAUCUUGUUGAAAAUUUCACCCUUCCCGUGGCAUCCAGCUUUGACUCACGAACAAAAGCAGUGGAACUCAAACGUCGGGUCUUCUUUUUUGUUCUUAGUCAGGGAGAAGGGGCUGUAGAUAGAAACAGACCUGGAAGGCAAUUCAGGUCAGUCCCAGGAAUCAGAAAAUGGCACUGUGUUAAGAGCUUACCACAACAAGAGAAGGUCUUAACCAGACAUCGCUCUUGUUACUGCACUGAUUGUAUACUAGAUGACCAGGAUCAAUGCAAGAACAAGGAGUGGGUUGAUGACUGGAAGGAAGUAGAAAUCAAAAGGGAAGCUUCCCCAGCCACCACCGGGCAGUCCACAGCCACAUCAGCUCUGGAUAAUGACACCAUGGCACACAUGGCUGAUCUUGCAGCCAAAGGUAGCACUGUGGCCAUAGCAGCUUUUGAGGAUCCUGCUUAUGAUUUCUACCUCCUAAAAGUCACUUCCAAUGGCGUGGAAGAGCUAGAGGAGCCAAUGACUGAUGACUAUUCCUGCCGAUACCCUAGUGGCAGUGCAGUUCUCAAAGGUCACUUCUUUUUAAGGGAAAAUCUUCAAGAUAUGACCUACACUCUUGACACUAAACGUCUAGCUGUAGUUUAUGCGGGGACAGUAGGUGCUAUAUGUACAGAUCUUUCUGUGAAGAAAAAAAAUCGAAAUUAG